GGUUAGGGUUAGGGUUAGGGUUUCGCGGCCAUCUCUGUCGAUCGGGAAACUCUCUCGCUUCGCAUCGGAGGCAACAGUGAUGGGCGUGGAAAAGCAGAUCCUGAAACCCGGCGACGGCCCCAAGCCCGUCAAGGGCCAAACCGUCACCGUCCACUGCACCGGCUUCGGGAAGGAUGGCGAUCUCUCGAAAAAGUUUUGGAGCACGAAGGACCCUGGGCAGGAGCCGUUCUCUUUUAAGAUCGGUAUGGGCUCGGUCAUAAAAGGAUGGGACGAGGGAGUGCUGGGCAUGCAAGUGGGAGAAAUUGCUCGACUUCAGUGCACCCCGGAUUAUGCUUAUGGAGCUGGUGGAUUUUCGACGUGGGGAAUUCGGCCCAACUCUGUUCUGAUCUUCGAGAUUGAAGUUCUGAGGGCACAGUAAUGCUAUUUAUUGUAUGGAAUGCUGUGAUAUUUCUGUGCACCAUUGAAACACUCCUAGUUUACAUGCUUUGAGUAGUUUGAGAUAAUAAAUACAUGGAAAUAUUUAUCCAUAUGAUAAAAUAAGGGAUCAUUUGUUUGAGUACGAGAAAUUUGGUAGUAGUUUCAUGUCUAUGAUUUUGAAGAUCUUUGAAGAUCUCUAUUACUUAUAAAUACUUUCACGACGAA